AUGCAACUUUCUUACCAGAAUAAUGAUGCUCAAAGACACUCUGGUAAACUGUUUCCUUCUCAUUACCCUCCUCAAUUCAUUCUUCACAUAGAUGAAUUAGAGGUCGAGUUGUAUCUGGCUCGACUAGAAUCGCUCAUGGAUCAACGACCAUUGCUCCUGAAUAGUGUGCUUCUUCGUCAGAAUCCGCACAACGUUUCCGACUGGUUAAAACGUGUGGAGCUGCUCAAGCCACGGGGCGCACGGGAACAAAUUGCCGCUUUCAUGGAAGCCAUCACCUCGGUGGACCCGGGUAAGAUUGAUUUGACGAUGCCAGUAGUUCUGUGCUGUUCAAUAAGUUUGCAUCACUAUUUUGUCAUCCUCGAAUAG